AUGGCAGAGGCUAUCGCGGACCCUCCAAUCAACAGCACUCGCCUCUGUCUGCUAUACCCAACCUUAAUCGGCUCAUUUCAGGUGCGGUUCUGGGGACCUGGGGAAGUUAGCGCCGCCAAAACCAAGGCCAAGACGACGCCGUUGCAACGUCGACAAAGCAAUCCUCCCGCAAAGCCGACCGCACCUCGGAGCCUGGCACGCCUUCACGAAACUGGCGUGGCAAACGAACCAUGGGGUGCUCUACGAGGCAUCAACAUCUAUAUAAUCUGGGGAUUCGGCACCUCUUCAGACUCCUUUAGUUCGAUCUCGCAAUCAUCAUCCUCAAGCACGCCGUUCAGCCUCAUCCUCACCAUGCUCGCCAAGUUCGCUGCCCUUGCGGCCCUUGUGGCCUCUGCCAACGCCCAGGCUGCUUGCUCUCUCACUGCCGAAACCCAUCCCUCCCUCAACUGGUCCAAGUGCACUUCCUCCGGAUGCACCAACGUCGCCGGAUCCAUCACUGUUGAUGCCAACUGGCGCUGGACUCACAUUACUUCCGGUAGCACCAACUGCUACAGCGGCAACAAGUGGGACACCUCCCUCUGCAGCACCAACACCGAUUGCGCGACCAAGUGCUGCGUUGAUGGUGCUGAGUACUCUUCUACCUAUGGUAUUCAGACCAGCGGCAACUCGCUCAGCCUCCAGUUCGUCACCAAGGGCUCGUACUCGACCAACAUUGGUUCCCGUACUUACCUUAUGAACGGUGCCGAUGCCUACCAGGGCUUCGAGCUCCUCGGCAACGAGUUCACCUUCGAUGUCGAUGUGUCCGGCACCGGCUGCGGUCUUAACGGCGCCCUCUACUUCGUCUCCAUGGAUCUUGAUGGUGGCAAGGCCAAGUACACCAACAACAAGGCUGGUGCCAAGUACGGUACCGGUUACUGCGACGCUCAGUGCCCCCGUGAUCUCAAGUACAUCAACGGUGUCGCCAACGUUGAGGGCUGGACCCCCUCCACCAACGAUGCUAACGCUGGUAUUGGUAACCACGGUACUUGCUGCUCUGAGAUGGAUAUCUGGGAAGCGAACAAGGUCUCUACAGCGUUCACCCCGCACCCUUGCACUACCAUCGAACAGCACAUGUGCGAGGGUGACUCCUGCGGUGGUACCUAUUCCGACGACCGCUAUGGCGGUACUUGCGAUGCCGAUGGUUGCGACUUCAACAGCUACCGCAUGGGCAACACCACCUUCUACGGUGAGGGCAAAACUGUCGAUACCAGCUCCAAGUUCACCGUUGUCACUCAGUUCAUCAAGGACUCCGCUGGCGAUCUUGCUGAGAUCAAGCGCUUCUACGUCCAGAACGGCAAAGUCAUUGAGAACUCUCAGUCCAACAUUGAUGGAGUUUCUGGCAACUCCAUCACCCAGUCUUUCUGCAAUGCUCAGAAGACUGCUUUCGGCGACAUCGAUGACUUCAACAAGAAGGGUGGCCUGAAGCAGAUGGGCAAGGCCCUUGCCAAGCCCAUGGUCCUCGUCAUGUCCAUCUGGGACGACCAUGCCGCCAACAUGCUCUGGCUCGACUCCACCUACCCUGUCGAGGGUGGCAGCCCCGGUGCUUACCGUGGCGAGUGCCCUACCACCUCGGGUGUCCCCGCUGAGGUCGAGGCCAAUGCUCCCAACUCCAAGGUCAUCUUCUCCAACAUCAAGUUCGGCCCCAUCGGCUCUACCUUUAGCGGCGGCUCUUCCGGCACCCCUCCUUCCAACCCCUCGAGUUCCGUCAAGCCCGUCACCUCCACUGCUAAGCCUUCUUCCACCUCUACUGCCUCCAACCCCAGCGGCACCGGUGCUGCUCACUGGGCUCAGUGCGGUGGUAUCGGCUUCUCUGGCCCCACCACUUGCCAGAGCCCUUACACUUGCCAAAAGAUCAACGACUAUUACUCCCAGUGCGUGUAA